AUGUCGAGCCCGACUCACAACUUCCUAACCCUCAUUCCUGCCACACACCGUGUCGCUACCAUGUCACCCUUCACAUCUCCGAUUGAUGGUCCCGCCAUCGACGAAUCACUAGUCCCGGCAUUGCAGAAGACCCGUCGAUCCAGCUCCACCACUUCCACGGGGUCCGCCUCCUCCGUCGAAAACCCUACUCUCGCUUCCAACAUAGUCGAGUCUCCCGAGGUCGUCGCGCAUAAGUUCCUGAAGCUGGGCAACUAG